AUGUAUGCUCGAUAUGUGCCUUCAGCAGGCGGGCAGACUGCUGCGGCUAGCUCUGGCGAGUAUACUGCUCGCCAUGUGCCUGAACAGCCGUAUGCGCCAGUUGCAGAGCGCCUAGAAGACGAUUCCAAGUCGAGAAAAUCAAAAAGGAAAAGGGCCAGCGCGGAUGUGACAAGCGAAUCGACAGACAGAAAGUCGAAAAAGUCCAAAACAGCCGACCGAGAAUCAGACGAAGAGACGGCCCCCACGAAGAUGAAAAAGGACAAGAAGGACAAAAAGAAGAAGAAGAAGAAGAGGCGCACCGACGACGACGAGGAACAAGAGAGACAAUUAAGUGAAACUGUCGACGAUAAUGGUGAUGUUGGCAUCGCUGGAAUGGAGACUGCUACGUCUACGGAAAAAAAGAAAGCCAAGCGCGAAAAGAAGAAGCGAGCCGAAGAGCCACCCGCCGAGGACGACGAUGACGACCAAAAUGGGAGACACAAGUCUGUUCUCGAACAAAUGGCCAAAUCAUUAAAGAUGUCAAGUGAAGCAGCUGCAAAUCAGACUGCCGAGGAGCCUGAAGAGGAAGUCGAACAAUACGGUCUGGAACCGCUUCCCCAGCCUGAGCAGCCAGAGGAAGAGGACGCAAAACCCACAUACGAUACCCUGCCUUCUUGGCUAUCAGCUCCCAUCCGUGUAUCGCAAUCUACACGAACUAGCUUUACCGAUGCAGGGAUUCCCGCCAAGACGGCUGAAGUAUUACAAAACAAGGGUUACGCCGAGGCAUUUGCCGUCCAGACCGUCGCUAUUCCGCUUUUGCUACCGAACAACAAGAACCUUCCUGGUGAUCUUCUAAUAUCGGCAGCAACUGGAUCUGGCAAAACGCUAGCCUAUGCGUUGCCCAUUGUCAACGACAUUAGUCAGGGUGUGGUGACGAGGCUGCGCGCACUGGUAGUGCUACCCACGCGAGAACUCGUCCGCCAGGCGCAAGAAGUGUUUGAGCUCUGCUCCAGGGCGUACGAGGGAAGCGACCGGAAACGCGUGCGCAUAGGUGUCUCGGUUGGUAGUCAGCAGCUCAAGGUGGAGCAGGAGACGCUCAUUGAGCGCGGAUCAAGAUACGACCCGGAAACAUAUAAGACGAUACUUCAGCAAAACCUCAACGCCAAGGGUUUGCCCGAGUCGGCGGACCUCGACAUUGAUGACGAGGAUAGAGAUCCACGAUUAGGGCCAUGGGACGGCGAAGUGACCGAAUUCUCAUCGACCGUUGACGUGCUCAUCUGCACGCCUGGUCGUCUUGUCGAGCACAUUGAGCAGACGCCCGGCUUCGACCUCGACUACGUGCGCUGGCUUGUCGUCGACGAAGCUGACAAGCUGCUCGCGCAGAGCUUCCAGGGCUGGCUGGAGACGGUCAUGGCCAAGUUCCAGGUGUCGCGGUACGGCGCGCGCGACUUUCCCGACAUACCAUACAGUGGCGUGCGCAAGGUGAUCCUCUCAGCGACGCUGACGCGCGACCUGAGCCUGCUGAACCGGCUGGCGCUGCGCCGGCCGCGGCUCAUCGUGCUGGAUGCCGACGACGCCGCGGCCGCUCAAGUCUCGGAGCACACGUUGCCGGAGCUACUCAGGGAGUAUGCCACGCGUGUGCAUGACGUCAACCUCAAGCCGCUGUACCUGCUGGAGCUUCUGCGCGGUGGCAUCAUGGCGGCGGAAGAACCCGAGAAGGCGCCUGUGGCAAACGCCGACGUCGAGCCCAAGGCUGUCGCGUCAGACUCGAGCUCGGAUACUUCCAGCUCAGACUCGGAUUCGUCGUCUGACAGUAGCUCUGAUUCAGACUCGGACUCGGACUCGGAUAGCAGCUCUGACUCCGGUUCAGACACGAGCUCAGACUCAGACUCGGACUCGGACUUGGACACCUCCGCACCCCCCACGCCAAAGAAGGCCACGAAGCUCCCCAUGGCCCUCAUCUUCACAAAGUCCAACGAAUCCGCGCUGCGUCUGUCGCGCCUCCUCGCGCUGCUCGACCCAUCCCUCACCUCGCACACCAGCACCCUCACAUCCACCACCGCCACCUCGCAGCGGCGCAAGACGCUGCGCGCCUUCACCGACCCGUCGUCGCCGAUCCGGCUCAUCGUCGCGUCGGACCUCGUCGCGCGCGGCAUCGACAUCCCCAACCUCGCGCACGUCGUCAACUACGACCUGCCGCCGAGCCUGGCGAGCUACGUGCACCGUGUGGGCCGCACGGCGCGCGCCGGCCGCGCCGGCCGUGCCUGGACGCUGGUGGCGGACGGCGAGAGCGGCUGGUUCUGGGGCAAGAUUGCCAAGGGCAGCGGCAUCCGCCGCGCGCACAGGGUGGAGCGCGCGAGGAUCGAGGAGAUGCCCGAGGAGCGCGUGCGCGAGUACGAGACAGCGCUGGAGAAGCUGGGCCAGGAAGCGCACGAGCGGCGCAGGAGAUAG